GGACAAAACGCCCACUGCAGUGGUGCCGUACACUCUGAGUAGACGGAGAUAAACAAGGUCCUUUUUUCAGCCUUAAACGUCGGUCUGAAUUCAACUGAAGACAAAAAGAUGUCGGUGGGUUAUAAAGAUGACCAGAACGACUGGGUGACCGUGUGCCUCAAGUACCUGCUCUUUGUUUUCAACUUUCUCUUCUGGAUGGGCGGAGCUGCUGUUCUUGGUGUGGGCGUCUGGACACUGGUGGCGAAGAGCGACUACUUGAGCCUAUUGGCCUCCAGCACUUUUGCUGUGUCAGCAUACAUCCUCAUCUUGGCUGGCAGCCUGGUGGUAGUUACAGGCUUUUUGGGCUGUUGUGCAGUCAUCCGGGAGCAGAGAAGCUGUCUGUCCACGUAUUUCAUCUGCCUCCUGUUUAUCUUCUUGAUCGAACUUGUGGCCGGAGUACUAGCUUAUGUAUACUACCAGAGGCUGAGUGAGGAGCUGAAGCAGCAUCUCAACCACACUAUGACAGAGAACUACGCUCAGCCAGGAAAGGAGGCAGUCACAUUUGCGGUUGACAAUCUACAACAGGAUUUCAAAUGCUGUGGCAGCAACAACUCUCAUGAUUGGACUGUGAGCAAGUACCUUGUGUCAGGGCAAGCAGAAGGCAGGGCGGUACCUGACAGCUGCUGUAAGACCAUCACACCUCACUGUGGAAAGAGGGACCACCCCUCCAACAUCUACAAAGUGGAGGGUGGCUGCAUCACUAAGCUGGAAAAGUUCCUUGCAGAUCACCUGUUGGUAAUUGGUGCAGUGGGGAUAGGAGUGGCCUGUCUGCAGUUGGUCGGGGCACUCUUGACAGCCUGCUUUAUCUAUCUGCUCUAUAAAGAAGAGGAAGAGGACUUUGGUGCAUUGUAAUUUGGCUCUAGAGCGCUGCUGGUUUAAUCUAAUCGAGAGGCAAGGUUGGAGGGCACUGUAGAUAUUUCAUAUUUGACUGCCUAUUUGUCCUUGCGUGGCUUCCUGUUUUGUGUUAAAUGCGAGACCUGCUGUCUGCAUGUUUACUGGAUUAACAUGUUUAAUUCGUCGUGAAGCAUGCAGCGACUUUGCAUUUGGCUGCGUUUUCCAGUUUGUUGCUAUGCAUUUUGUGAUGAUGUGUUGCUGUGGGUGAUGAGGAUGUGACAGCUUAUUCAAAUGCAUCCUGAGGAUAGCACGACUCACUUGCUUUUUCACUGUGCUUUGGUUCAUAGUGUCAUGAUCUAUAAUUCGUGCAGCAACGCUUCCAUCAAUGUAGCACCUGCGCUGACAAGAAGUGGGGAAAACACCAUAGGGACAGGUGUAUUUACAGCAUGUAGCAGUGUUUUGCUGUAUAUCCCUUGAAUCCAAACCUUAAUGAGGCUUCACUAUGGGUGUCGGGGAGUAUGUGGUAUACAACAAUACAAACUUAAUCUAAUAUUUACAACAGUUAAUCGCAGAAAUAAUUAACAUGCUUACUUUUAAUAGACUCUUUUUAAAAAUUACAAAAAUUUACAGAGUAGCUGCUGCACUUAUUACACCUAUUUAUUUAAUAUGCUGACACCUUCUAUUACAUUACCACUCAGAAAAAAAAAAAGCAUUAGUGUUGUUGCUAUAGUUACUUGCAAUCUAAAAUAGCCUGGGCUUUCAUGAACAUCAUUGAAUAGGGACUCGGAGUUGUUUGGGGGUGCCCAGAUAUGUGUUUUUGCCAUCCCACGAGAUGGCAUGUUUCUGUCCCUAAUGAGUUUACUUUUUAACACUGUUACAUCAUUGUUUUUUAGCGUCUUCUGAAAUUAGGCCUCAAGAAAAAAAAAAGUGUGGCUUUUUUUGCUUUUUUUUUUUUUCUCACCUUAUGUUCCCUCAGCCAAAAUGACUGCAUCUUCUAUCCUUGUGCAGAACUGUCACUGAUGGUUGAGAAGAGAGAGGAAAACAAAACCUUGCUCGAGGAGAAAUUAUGAGUCAAUAUUAAAUUCUGACUUCCUUGAUCAGGCUUCCCCUGGAAGCUUUUAGAGGCACAGAAAUGGAAUCUGGACACUUGCCUAUUUGGCCAUCAAGCUUGUAGACCCAGCGGCUUUGGUCAGCUCCUGCUUCACUUAUUCUGCUUUGUUUUUAGACUUUUUGCUCGGUGUUGCGUAGUAGUAAUUUUAGACAUGCUCAUUCCUUAUUAGGAAUUCGCUGCUGGUGAAAUUCUAUGCUGAGAAGGUUGUUUAUAACAGUUCAGCUGAUAAAAGAUACAGAUAUGCUUCAUUAUGCCAUGUUUGAAUAUUUAAGAUAUAAUGCACGUAAUCGAUAUAAUGUCUAGUUUGCUGAUAGGCCAGUAGCAGUCACCAGUGACAAUGUCUGUGCAUCUCUGUUCUUCAUACAGCUCUGUGUUUACACUGAUGUCAGAUAUGACAGCAAAUUUCUAAAUGUAAAAAGCUUCAUUUAAAAUACUAGCACAAUUGUUGUGGUCUGUUUUCCCUUAUUAUAGUGAUAUUUUUGGAAGCCUUUUAUUUAUUAUUAUUAUUAUUUAAAUUUAUUUUGGGACUAAUAUUACUGGUCAGUAUAGACAUUUAUUGGUUUCGACAUUUAUAUUAGCCGAUAAAUGAAAGUUUAAAAUCUAAAGAAGAUACGAGAGAAACACCCUUCAACCAUGUUAUGACUGAUAUUGCAUAGUUUCUCCAGCACGGGACAGUCUACAAAUUCCCUGUUCACAACACAUUAGUUUGUAACUCAAUAAGAACACAACCAGCUGAACCAAGCAGAGACAGGGAGACGAUAAAUGAGUAAAUAAAUAAGUACACAAAACAAUUUUGGGGGUAAUCUGUUUGUUUUGUGUGUCUGAGUAAAAUAAAAAGGUCCCCAGAGCUUUUGCAAAGAGGAAAAACGGUAUAUUGAGAUGUAAGAGCAUUAAUCUGCUUUUUCACUUUACCCAGCUUUAUAUAGUUGGUUUAUGGAUGUCUGUGCGCACACGUUUUGGUGCAAUAUUGGCUGCUUGACUCCUGACACCACCUAGUAACCAGCUUCAUACUUUCCAGCAGUCUCUAACUCCUUCACCUUUAAACCUUCUCUGCCCCACAGUCGGUAGCAUUCAAGCUUCCUGCAGUUUUCCAUGGCGACUAAGCUGCACUCUGUGACCUAACACUUCCUGUUUUUAGAUAUGUGGAAUGGUGUUCACCUGCUGCUUGUACAGAAGGAUCAAGAUGGACCCUUACUGAGCACAACGUGACCCCUGCACACCACCUUCAACAGAUGGAGCAUGACCUGCUGACACCUAACCAAACUUUAAAUCCCUGCAUUGUGAUCUGAUGAUCUAAGCGUUGGACACACACGAUAGAAACUCAGGCUCAUGAGUUUCUGUUACCUGGUCUAGGCUGGAUGUUUUUGCAUGCUUUAAUUUGAACAUGACAAAAAAAAGGGAAAGACUUAAGUUGUGCGGUAUUCUAUGCAACUCAUGAGGGCGCAAAUUUAAUUGUUUUUAAUUAGGAGAUUUAUAUAGGAGUGUUUCGAUAAUUCCAAGUCGAAUAGGCUGAGUAAGAGCACUGAGUAAAAAGAGAGAAAGUUAUGUGUGUGUUUCUGUCUUUUGUAAACACAAUGUGCCUCUUACAUAAUUCUACUGGUAAAUAAUUAUGUAUAAAUUCAGUGCCUGAAGUCUUGAAAGUGAGCUGUCAAUACACUGUGAUAAACCGCAGCAAAUGAACGGAGUCAUGUUUAUAUUUGUAGCUUUGUCUUUAAUUCUAACACGUUGACUGAUUGAUGGUAAUCAAAAUAAACUUUGCAGUAUCAAUAAUGCUCAUAUGUAAGGCUACAAAGAAGAAAAAACAAUUUUAUUCCAUUUAAGAAAGUGAUAAUUUUCUGUAAACGCUGCUAAAUCUCUGAAUUUAGAGCUCCAUCUAGUGGUCAGCAUAGGUAACUUGAUUUGAGGAUGGUAAAUGUAACUGUUCAUCUUUUGUUAACUUUAAGCUUUUAAUACUGCUGAUAUUAAUAUUAAUUAUAUAUUAAUUAAUAUUGCUGAUUGUUUUUGGUUUUUAUAUGGCGUUCCUCACUUCAGACGCCAAUCCCCCCCAGUGGCUUUACAGUGAUGAAUAUGAGUGAUCUGUGAAUCAAAUUGAAUACGGUUCUUCCUGUUUUUGCUGCCUAUUAUAUGCCUUGCUACCCUAUUUUUUUUUCUUGUCUUUGUUAUAUAGCCACCAUAAUAUAGGUGUUUUAGUUGCUAAACAGUGGGAAAUGGCUGUCUCUAUUUCAGGCUAUUUAAAUCUUCUACCAAAAUAUGACGCCAUUCUCAGCACUCCACCUUCUGUAAAGAGACCUUGCAGGAUUUGAGAAAACCUUUUGGAAUAACUAGACUUUCACAAUUAAUAUUCUUAAACUGGUUUCAGCUAUUCCAGUCAUAGCUAUAGGCCAAGACAAUUUGACAAGACUAAUAAUGGACAAACAGUUAUGUAAAAAUAGUCCCAGCUUUUCAUGCAUUCUCUGUAUGAACAACAGCUUGAGGACAGACUGAACUUUUUAUACACGCUGUGUGGACCUUUUACUGAGUGCUUGCAGGUAUUUGCCUGAACUCAACUUCAUUACAAUAACACACAAAUCUCAUUGUCUUCUGAACCUCCGUCUUCUGUGAUUGCUCACACCACGCACACUGGAUCAGCAUGAGAAGGAGAGCAGUAAUUGCUCUCUAAACGACUCUGCCACAUAUUACUCUUCAGGUAUAUAGAAUAUUAAACAUAUUGACUAACCGUUCACCAGAAAAUAUAUUUUGUAAUAUAAUAUUAUACAGCUCCGGCACAUGUUUUAUUCAUGUUCAUGACAAUUUGAACAACGGUGAAAUUUAAUCUUGGGCCAUCGUUGGUACUUCUGGAACAGCUUGACUUAACAGCUGUCUUCAGGUCAUGAGACAGCAUGUCAAUUAGAUUAAGGCCAUAAAUCUGACCUCACCAUCCCAUAACCUGAAUUUCAUUCAUUUUUUGAGAUUUUUUUGAGUGAUUUAUUUAUGCGCUUUUGGUAUUACCCAACUUUUCCUAUGCUCAGGUUAUGGGCUGCUGCCUCCAUUAUGAUGCAUAACAGCUGGAAAUAAGUUCUGGUGUUGUUGUUGUGCGCCUUUUUUCUUUUUGUCGUGCCGUCUCUCCCAAAAAAUUCAACUAUCAUUUCACCUGUCUGUUGUGGAUUAUCCAGCUGGUGUUGAGAAAUUAUUUUAUAGGCUCUUUCUACUGUAUGAAUCAUAAUGUCUUUUUUCUACCCUCCAAGGUUUGUUGAAAGUUGUCAAAAAUUAAAGGAGUGGCGUGUCUGGAACUAACACUUCUUUUCUCAUGUCCUUAACUAAAACACCUGACUCCAAGUAACUUUUGGACAAGUCAGGAGAAGAGGUAUUUACCGUAGCACUUUAAGUAAAUUCAAUUAUCCUUGUCUAAAAGUGAAGAUGAGAAAUUAAAGGACAAAUCCUGAAGAUUUCAAUAUUUCAUAAACUUUUUCCCCCCACUGGUAUGUUGUUUUCCUGAUUUAAAUUUUGGAUGCUUAUAUAUGUAACUGGUUGUUGAUGAUAUGACACUGGCACGUGCUUCAACUACUGACUGUUUUCUUUGAAAUGUGGCUCUAGAACUCAAAAAUAAAUGUUUAAAUGUUGCAUUUAAACAACUGUGUUGUAUUCAUGAAAGGGUAAUAUUAACACUGUUUGGACAGAGGCCUAUGAUGCUGUGAUUCCAGCUUUGUGUUAGUUGAUGUGAUUAAUUAGUAAUUUGUUAUUUAUCUAGACCAGAAUCAUACGUUCAUCCCAGAGAAAUCUAUCAUUUUUGCAGCAUAUGUUUUAAUUACACCAUAUGCAUAUAUCCAAGAAAAACGUAAGCUUAGGUAAAAGUAAAAAAAAAUCCACUAGAGGGAGACAAAGAUUUAUCAUUUGAAGAGAUGCAAACUUGCACAACUUAGUGUUGACCCGACUGAAGCCUUUAGGUUUUGCCAUAUGUUCAGAGUGGCAUUCUCACACAUCAGUAGAUACUCCUACCUGACUCACUUCUAGUCUUUGAAAAGAUUGUUUUGACAGGACCUCAGAAAUCUGCCAAGUUGGAACUAACACAUUUGAUGUAAACUGCAGGUCUCUUUGUGCGUUAACCACUGAUUGAGUUGCAAACUCUGAUACCCGUGAGAACUAAACACUGCUCGGCUACUUACUGUAACAGAUGAGCACAAACAGUGCCUGCUGAUUAUACACACAUCAAAUUCACUUUACUCUUCAAUUAAUCUUCUCAUUAUGGUUUUACAGCCAUGGUUUUGGGCGGUUUUGUAAUCUUGUCCCUUUGUAUUUAAUCUGUGCAUUGUAGUAAAUAAAGAGUCAAAG